AUGGCUGAGAAAAAAUUUAAGCUGAAGCCUCUUGUUGACAGUGAAGCUAAAAAGGUGCUAUUUGCUGAAGCUGAGAAAGAAAUUGCAGAUUUUCUCUUUUAUUUACUUUCUUUGCCUGUUGCCACUGUUGUAAGGCUCUUGGAGAAGAAAAGCAUGGUUGGCUGCUUAGGUAACCUUUACCAGAGCAUUAAAGGUCUGAGUGAAACAUAUAUGCAGCCAAACCAAGACAAAAAUUCUCUACUAAAUCCAAAGUCUCCAAUUUCUUCUACUGAAAUACCCCUCUUGUUGCCCGAUCAUGUAUUUGAGAAACGGAAUGUUUACCUGUGCCCAUACUGCAGUUCAAAUGUGGCUGAUAAUCCAAAGAUUGUUUGUCCAAGUUGCAAGAGGCAAAUGACCAGGGAGGCUCCUUAUUUAACUGCUACUAGUAAGUCCGUUGGGACAAGUACGGCGGCCGUGGCUGAGGGGGGUUUCGUUAAAGGGGUGGUGACAUACAUGGUGACGGAUAACUUGGAGUUGAAGCCGAUGUCUACAACAAGUGUCAUCAACUUGCUGAAUAAGUCUAACGUUAAGGAUUUGUGUUCACUUGAAGAGAAGGUUAUUAAUUUUGGUGUUCAAAAGAUGAGAAAAAAUCAUGCAUCAGACCGGUCAUCUGGCCUGAGCCAUAACUUUCCAAUGGUAACUGCCCUAUUUGCUUUGCAUAAUACGAAAGCCUUCCUUCGAGUAGGGGCAACUUGGUCCUUGUGA